UCGAAUUAAUUUCUUUUUUGCUUUUUCCCGAAAUUUAUCAGAUUUUUGUAAUUCAAACGGAACGUAGAUUGUUGUUGAUAAAUAUUUUCCCCAAUUAUUAUUCUAGGGUUUUCCACGAGAAUAUGGAGGCUGAAGGUCAAAAGACGGCCACAAAUCCCUCCGCAAUGCUUACUGGUCUUCUCUCCAGGAGAGCAAAACUCCAGGACGAGCUUCGGAAUAUUGAGAAGCAGGUUUAUGACAUGGAGACUAAUUACCUACAGGAUCCAAGCCAAUGUGGGAAUGUAUUGAAAGGUUUUGAAGGAUUCCUGUCUGCAUCUAAGAGUACUGCUCUGUAUGGAGUUUUGAAGCGGUCUAGGAAGUUUCAGCUUGAAGAUAGGCUCUUCUCAUUGUCUUCAGUUACCUCCCCUGCUGCUGAAGAGCUUGCAGCUGGACGAGAUGAUGGGAGAUCCGACUUGGGUCCUGGCAGAUCUAAAGGUGGAGGCAUAUAUUCCAAUGGACAAGGAAAACCGAAAAAGGGAAGACCGGCUCCUAGGGAUGCAAAGAGAAUGCGACAUUCAAGCGAGCAAGAUUUUGACUAUGACGAUGAUCCGGACUUGACAUUGUGAAUUGUGUAAAUGGAUCCUCUGAUCGCAUCUUUGUCAUCUACAGAGUUGAAAGAUGAGUCCCCUAAAUCCUCUUAUUGUACUUUCAAAUAGCAAACCUUAUUUUCGCCUUAGGGAAGUGUAGCCUAUUUAUAUAUAUGUUUGGCCUUGCUUAUCGAUGGAUCAUUUUAUAAAUGAAGGGGAUAGGAUUCGAAUCUAUGAUUGAUUGUUUAACCAUUCGAGCUAUGUUCAUGGAAUUGUGAAAGUGUAUUUAAUAAUAAAUUCCUCGUUAGGAUAUCUCGAUCUCCUAUUUUCGUAUUUCUCUUUUGGUUUUAAAAUUAUAUGUUCCUUAAAGUAUGUAAUGCUAAUGGUGUUAUCAUUUCUUUUGUUUUUUUAAGUCUUUUCGACACAACUACAGUAGAAUCCUUUCAACACAACUAUAACUAUAACACUAAUGAAUUGGAUAGCUAAACUAGUGAAUUGGAUAGUUAAACUAGGACAUUUUUUUUCUUAUGUGAACAAUAUAACUAACUACUUUUUAGAUGGUUGUGUUUUUAAAAUAUCUAAACAAUGUUUUGAAUUCAUAUGACAAAAAUAUUCUCAUCUAAGCUUUUUUUUUCCCUUCAGAAACCCAAAUUCCUAUGAAUAAGAACAACCAAUUAACAAAAUCUAAAUAAAUAUAAAAUAAUUGUUUGUCAUAUAUAAACAAAGAAACAUUAAUAAAAUAAAAUUACAUAACUGCAGAAUUGCUAGUGUAUCCACAAACUCAUAAAUGAGCAUAUUUUCAAAGAAACAGGUAAAAAAAAUACUAGUGUCAAUAAAUUGGUGUUUCUUAUUAUUUAAAAAAACCCUAUGGAACCUAAAUUGUGUCUUAAAUGUGGUGAAGUGUAGCAAACUAAUAAAUAAUAAUCCAAGGGGUAGAGAAAAGACAACAAGUGCUACUUUUUCUACACCUAUUCUAAAACUCAAAGACCCAAAACUUUACCAUAGGAAGAAUUCCAUGAUGUAUAUAUAAACAAAUACAUGUAAAAUCAUAAUAAUAUUCAAUAAAUUUGAUUGUUUCUUAGUAUAUAUAGGAACCAUAUGAGGUAUAGGUAAGCAUCUAAAAGUAAAAUAUGAAGAAGUGUAUAUGCAUAAAUGUUGCUAGGCGUAGCAUACUAAAAAAUACAGGUAACCAAUGUGGGAUUGAUAUGAAAACCCUAGAGUGGUUGAAUAAAGUUUAUUUGACUUAAUGAAAUUUUGUUUUGAAGUGGAUUCAACUAAACAAAUUAAUACACAUUUAGCUAAUAAGUAAUUUAAACGAGAAUUUCAUACAAAUACAUUUACUUAAAAAGAUUAAUAAAUUGACAAACACAAUCACCCCACCAAAUUUUUGAAGUGUUUUUUUAAAUUGUGAUUUUAACCGUCUCUUUGAACUUGAAUAUAAUAAAUAUUAGUCAGUUGGAUCAACUAAUGAUGAGUUUUCCUCUUCAUGUUCUUGAAUUAUUGAUACUGGAGCAACUCAACAUAUGAUUGGCAAUCUGAAUUUUUUUAUUCAAGCAAACACUAUCGUUUCAAGUCCCGUAGGCUUACCAAAUGGAAAUAAAGCACUCGCCACAAUGGAAGGGUGUGUUUCCCUUUCCGAUGGUUUCAUGCUUGAACUGGUUUUAUUCGUACCCACUACAAUGCAAUUUAAUAUCGGUGUUGCAACUAAUUGAUGACAAUAAUUGUUGUCCGAUUUACACCUUCUCUGUGUGCAAUACAGGAUCAACAUUUAGAGGGACCUAAUGAGUGUUGGUGAAUAGAAGGAUGGACUGUAUUAUUUUCAAGGACUUCCUAUAGUGCAUCCUGUGAAGGUUUCAAAAUGAUCAGAAUUUGAGUUGUGGCAUAGGAACUAGGGCAUCCUUCAGAUGGAGUGGUAAAGUUAGUUCCUGCCAUUCAUACUAGUUUUGUAAAAAAGAAACCAAAUACUACAUGUGUCACAUGUCCUUAGGCUAAACAACAUCGUGAUAGUUUUCCUAUUAGUGAUAGCAAAGCUAGUCGUAUAUUUGAACUUAUUCGUUGUGAUUUGUGGGGGUUAUGUAACCAAACUUUAUCCUUUUGAGGUGCUCAUUAUUUUUUGACACUAGUUGAUGA